AGAUGGACAUGAUUGAGCUAGCUAUAGCAACACCAUCAAACAAUCGAUCGAUCCAUCGAGAUAUCUCCAUGGGAGGUGGAAACAAGGAGGGCGGCACUAAUGCUGAGACAAACACCAGAGGCCUUGGAUCAUACUACUACGCAAACGCCUACUCGUCUCCGCCUGUCGCGUAUCCCCCGGCAUACCCUCCACAAGCUGCUGGAUAUGGAUGCCCACCUUCUUACUACUCUCCACAAGGAUAUGGGCAUGGGCAUGGCUAUCCAUCAGCAGGAGGAUCGUACGGAUAUCCACCCUCCAGCUAUCCACACCAUCAAGGCGGCUACCAUGGUCACGGAGGAUCUUUGCUCGUCGCCGGCGGUGCAGCGGCAGCGGCGGCCUAUGGCGCGCAUCACUUGAGCCAUGGCCAUGGCGGUGGGUACUACCACCGUCCUGCAGGUUAUCAUCAGCAUCACCAUUACGGUGGCAAGUUCAAGAAGCACCAUGGACACUAUGGAGGCAAGUUCAAGCGUGGCAAGCACGGCCGCUUCGGAGGGAAGCAUGGUUUCUUCCAUGGAAAACUCAAGUGGAAGUAACUUCUUCUAAUCUGUAGAGAAUAAUGGAUCGAUCGAGAGGAAUGAACCCGAAAUCAAACAAAUAAAUUUAUGUUUUCAAUAAAUACUUGUAUGUCUACCUUUGUUCCUAAGUAUAUUGCGUUUUUGGGAGUUCAA